AUGGGAGCCUCCACACCCCCAGCAGAGAUCACCUCGCCAGCCCCUCUUCCCUCAGCCCAGGGCUCAGCUACACCCAUGCAGGCCCUCCUCAGGCCCCCCCGGGCUCUCGCCAGCCCCAUGAUGAAGGAGGAGGGAGCGCUGUGCCGUCGCCGCUUCUCAACGUGCGGCACGACCAGCUCGCCGCGGACCCCACACCCCGACGGACGCAAGCUCAUCCGCAACGCCUCUUUCGGGGGCUACAACGAGCUGUCGCCCCUCUCGCUGCCAGGUUUCGACCGGGGGAAAGAAGAUUCCCUGCCUCUGAAAGAGGACUCCUCUCACUCCAUAUCCAAGAGCAAGUCAGAGUCCAAGCUCUACAAUGGCUCCGACAAGGAUGUCUCGUCGUCCGGUAACAAGCUCACCAAGAAGGAGUCGCUCAAGGUACAGAAGAAGAACUACCGUGAAGAGAAGAAGAGAGCCACCAAGGAGCUCCUCAGCACCAUCACAGACCCCUCUGUUAUUGUCAUGGCUGACUGGCUCAAGAUCCGGGGUACUCUGAAGAGCUGGACCAAGCUGUGGUGUGUGCUGAAGCCGGGGGUUCUUCUCAUCUACAAGACCCAUAAGAACGGCCAGUGGGUGGGCACGGUGCUGCUCAACGCCUGUGAGCUCAUCGAGAGACCCUCAAAGAAGGACGGCUUCUGUUUCAAACUCUUCCACCCGCUGGAGCAGUCCAUCUGGGCAGUCAAGGGUCCUAAAGGAGAGGCGGUGGGUUCCAUCACACAGCCAUUACCUGGCAGCCACCUCAUCUUCCGCGCCACCUCUGAGUCAGACGGCCGUUGUUGGAUGGAUGCUCUGGAGCUGGCUCUGAAGUGCUCCGGCCUCCUGAAGCGGACCAUGAUCCGAGAGGGCAAGGAGGAGCUGGCCAGCACGGCCGGGGAGAGCUCCCAAAUUAACUUCUACAGCCUGCUGCGAGCCCACAACAUGCAGGGUUUCCAGUUCAACGACAGUGACCAGUUCAAGGACCCUGACCUGUACUCAGACAAGUCGGACCGGGAGGGGGAGCAGGACCACGAGGAGUCAGACGUGGAGGGUCUGGGGAAGAGCGAGGAGAGUGACAGUGACACGUCGGAACGUCAGGAUGACUCCUACAUUGACCUUGACCCCAACGAGGCCCUGCGGGAGACUCCGUACCUGGAACAGUCCCACGAGGAGCUGGGAGAGGCUGGUGAGGCGUCCCAGACAGAGACGGUGUCGGAGGAGAAUAAGUCUCUGAUCUGGACGCUGCUGAAGCAGGUCAGGCCUGGGAUGGACCUGUCUAAAGUGGUCCUGCCCACCUUCAUCCUGGAGCCACGCUCCUUCCUGGACAAGCUGUCCGACUACUACUACCAUGCUGACUUCCUCUCUGAGGCAGCUGUGGAGGAGAAUGCCUACAACAGGAUGAAGAAAGUAGUGAAGUGGUAUAUCUCUGGAUUCUACAAAAAGCCACAGGGACUGAAGAAGCCAUAUAACCCCAUCAUCGGUGAGACCUACCGCUGCAUGUGGCUCCAUAGCAAGACCAACAGCAAGACAUUCUACAUGUCUGAACAGGUGUCCCAUCAUCCUCCAGUGUCGGCGUUCUACGUCAGUAACAGGAAGGACGGCUUCUGUCUCAGCGGAAGCAUCCUGGCCAAGUCCAAGUUCUACGGAAACUCCCUGUCGGCCAUAUUGGACGGAGAGGCUCGGCUCACCUUUCUCAACAGAGGAGAAGACUACGUCAUGAACAUGCCCUACGCCCACUGCAAAGGCAUCUUGUAUGGCACCCUGACUCUGGAGCUGGCUGGCCAGAUCACUAUUGCCUGUGAGAAGACAGGAUACAGUGCCCAGCUCGAGUUCAAACUCAAGCCCUUCUUGGGUAACAAUGACAGUGUAAACCAGGUCUCUGGAAAGAUCAAGCUGGGGAAGGAGGUGCUGGCUACGCUGGAGGGACACUGGGACAGUGAAAUCUUCAUCAACGAUAAGAAGACCGGGGUGGUGGAUACGUUUUGGAACCCCACGGCAGAGCUGCGUCAGAGCAGGCUAACACGCUGCACCGUGCCUCCUGAGGACCAGGGAGACUAUGAGUCUGAGAGGUUAUGGCAGCAUGUAACAAGGGCCAUCAACAACAAGGACCAGACAGAGGCCACCAAUGAGAAGUUUAUCCUGGAGGAGGCUCAGAGGAAGUCAACCCGCGAGCGCAAGGCCAAGUGUGAGGACUGGGCGCCCGGGCUCUUUGAACAGGACCCCGUCACCGGAGAGUGGCAUUACAGAUAUGCCGAGUGA